AGCAUCAUGGGAGCCCAAAGGGUCGGCAGUCACACCGUCCAGCUCCCCACAGACAACAUCAAGCGCCGCCCCUCCCACAUCUACAUCGCACCUAAGGUGCCGGCCCAGCCCCACGCCCGGCCGACGACGGGUUUGUCCUACGAAAUACGCAAACGUGCCCAACAGACGUGGAUCGGACCGACCGGCGCCGUCGCCUUGCAUGCGACGGGCGAGACGCGCAACCGCGGCGCUCUCACGUACGGGUUCCACAAAGCAACUACAUUACGAGCGCGCGUCGUCACUCCGAAGGACGGGCCUUCAUCAAACCAGCGCCUUCGGAUAAGGAACAAGAUCGUGCGCAAGUGGUUGUCUAAUGGAGGUCGUUCGGUCGACCGCGUCGACACGGACUUUGUCGACGCGGCAUCACUAAGAGAGUGCGACCGGUUUUUCGAUGCAUUGUGCGAUUCUGGAAGAACCACGGCGUCCUUUGAGUCAAUACGGGACUCGCUGGCCCACUGCUGCGGUCUAGAGGUCGACGACGAGAAGCUCGAGCACAUCGUGAAAACGAUCGUCCGGCGCGGCGACGACGGCUCGAAGCAGCAGUCGGACUGGCGGGGGCCGCACGACGGCCAACAUUCUUUGGACAUCUGGGACCCGGAGCCGGCGUUGGAUCGGGACAUGUUCCGCAUGUUGUAUUUUGAUGGAGACAAGGACUUCUUCGCGGCGGCGGGCGACCCUACAAUGACAGUGGCAUUGUGGGCGCAGGCGCACUAUAGAAGACGCACGAUCGACGCAACCUUGGAAGAGCGGCCGCCGCCUCCACCUUUGGAGCUGCCCGCGACCAUGGCGAUUGAAGAUAGGAUCCAGGCGGAACUCGCGCACGAGCUCGCGGCGAUUGAAAAAGGGAAGCCCGUGCCGGCGCUCGCGAACUGGCCAUCCGUAGACCGCCCUGAAAUCACGUCGCGCCCGCCGUCGCGCGAGUGUGGCGCCGGGGACGCGUGCGCUCGACGGCCGACGACGCCGACCCAGAACCGGUUGAGGCUGAAACGGAGCAUGACGGAGGACGCCGUCGCCGACGAGCGCCUGUGGCCCGAGGCCGCCGAGGAGGAGGCCGAGGACGCUGAGGCGGGGAUGGGCGGCGGGCGACCGACGGGCGGGGGCGGCCGGGCGCUCGACUGGUGGCGGCGGCCGGGCUUAUCCAAGGGCAGCUGGCCGGCGCGGACGCGGCGCCUCGUGGACCGCGCGCGCGACGCGGCGACGCGGCGCCUGCAGGCCGGCGUGCUGGUCGAGCGCGUCCACACGAAACGCCGCCAGGCGUUGGCUACACAGCGGGGGGCCGUGCCCGCGUGGAAGCCGCCGCGCGGCCGCGGGCCGCGCGCGCCGCGGACCUCCGGCGACGGCUUCACGGAGACUUAUGCGAAGGACCCGUUCCUUCGCGCGCCGCCGCACGGACAUUUUUACGCGUCGCAGAAAGCGCGCGCCGCGGCCCGGCCCGGAACGGCAGGAGUUCUACUGGCGACGGCCUGGGCGACGACGGGUCCCCGCCCCCUCCGGGAGGGAAAGGCCCGGUUCCGUUCGGAGCGCAAGGAGCCCCCACCGAACAUCGACCGGAGCGGCGUCUGGGACAAGCAGAACGACCCGCGCAACUGCAGCAUGUCUUUUACGUUUAGGGACGGGCCGGGUGGGUAAAAUCUAUCCCUAC